GAGGUGUGCGCAGAGGCUCCAAUUAGGGGCAGGUGGGAGGGUGGCUUUCUCUCCUAGCGGCGAGUGGGACUCUGAGUUUCGAAUCGGUGGCGGCGAAAUCCCCGCCCGCCGGGUGUCGGGGCUGCUGGAAGGAUGCGAAGCCUGAGCGCGGCGUGGCUGCUGGGGGGCGUCAUCCUGCUGGCGACCUCUGCCUCCUGCAAUCGCACCGUCCUAGGAACCAGUAGACCCUCUAAAGGAAGAAGUCUCAUUGGUUACGUUGAUAACUCACCUCAGAUCACUGGGAGAGGAGAAACAGUGGAACCAGGCUUUUCUGUGGAUGAGUUUUCUGCCUCUGUCCUCACUGGAAAACUGACUACUGUCUUUCUUCCAAUUGUCUACGUGAUCGUAUUUGCGGUUGGUUUGCCAAGUAAUGGCAUGGCCCUGUGGGUCUUUCUUUUCCGGACGAAGAAGAAGCACCCUGCUGUGAUUUACAUGGCCAACCUGGCCUUGGCGGACCUCCUCUCUGUUAUCUGGUUCCCUUUGAAGAUUGCCUAUCACAUCCAUGGCAACAACUGGAUUUACGGGGAAUCUCUUUGCAAGGUACUCGUUGGCUUUUUCUACGGCAACAUGUACUGCUCCAUCCUCUUCAUGACCUGUCUCAGUGUGCAGAGAUACUGGGUCAUCGUGAACCCCAUGGUGUACCCCAUGAAGAAGGCGAGCAUUGCCAUCAGUGUCUCCCUGGGAAUAUGGCUGCUGAUUUUGCUGGUUACUAUCCCCUUAUAUGUUGUGAAGCAGACCAUCUACAUUCCAGCCCUUAACAUCACCACCUGUCAUGAUGUUUUGCCAAAGGAGGUGUUAGUGGGGGACAUGUUCAAUUAUUUCCUCUCUCUGGCCAUCGGAGUCUUUCUGUUCCCAGCCUUCCUUACGGCCUUUACCUAUGUGCUGAUGAUCCGGACCCUCCAGUCUUCUGCCUUGGAUAAAAACUCAGGAAAGAAGAGGCAGAGAGCCAUCAAGCUCAUCAUCACUGUCCUGGCCAUGUACCUGAUCUGCUUCACUCCUAGUAACCUUCUGCUUGUGGUGCAUUACUUCCUGAUUAAAAACUGGGGCCAGAGCCACGUCUAUGCCCUGUACGUCGUAGCCCUCUGCCUCUCCACCCUCAACAGCUGCAUUGACCCCUUUGUCUAUUACUUCAUUUCAGAAGACUUCAGGGAUCAUGCAAAGAAUGCUCUGCUUUGUCGGAGCGUCCGUACUGUAAAGCAGAUGCAAGUAUCCCUCACAUCAGUUAAAUUCUCUAGGAAAUCCAGCUCUUACUCUUCAAGUUCAACCAGUGUUAAAACCUCCUAUUGAGUUUUCCAGCUCCUCGGAUGGAAGUUAUGUAGGGGGAUUUGGAACCUGAUUAACAUUAUGGGGAUGCUUCUGUUGUUUCCCAACCAAGCGGGUUUCACCACAUACCAUGUAUAUGCAACACCUCUCAGGAUUGCUGGGCGCGUCCCUGUUUGUAUAAGGAAAGUCCCCCAAAUUAACAUAGGUGUCAGUUUCAGAAUUCCUCUACUCAGGUGCUCCUGGAAACGGAACUGAUAGAAGCAGACUUUUCAGAAGGUGGAGAAAAGACAGAAACCCAGUGAUUUGCAAAGACUAGUCUUGGCGUGAAGACUAAGUUCUUCGCUAAAACUACAUUUUACAUCUGGGGUCAGUCACAACCAUGUUAGGGCUUCAGGGCCCUCAGAGAUGAUUGGUGCAAUUGACUGGCUUUAAGGAUAAGGAAGCUAAAGAGGUGAGGGAGCUGCCCAGAAUCAGGUUUCCAACCAAUGGCAAUAAGUUAGGACUGGACAGUUUUGAAUGGUCAGUGGAAUUCUUGUACCACCUCAUCAAAAUCCUUGUGGAUCUUGUUGAAAAAUGCAGAUUCAUUAUACUCAGGAAUCAGAGCUCAGAGUCUGGGGACAGGGCCCAGGAACCUUCAUUUUAACAAGAUUUUCAUGCACUCCAAACUUUGGGAACUAUUGGUCUGGGUACUGCUUCCAUUUGACAAGGGGCCAUGGCAGUUUUUGAAAAGAGAAGCAAACAGAAUGUUGUGUGUCUCUUUUAUGUUCAGCUUAUAAUGAAGUCUGUUUGUUGACUUAUUGGGACUUUCAAUUAUUUAUCAAUCCUUUGAGCUUUUGUGUGUAUCAUUAUCACUUCAAGGAAAAUACAGCAAGGAUUUUAAAUGUAGAAAAAUAAAUUUUGUAUAACUCUUUACUGACUUCAGUGAAAUCUUCAGGUUGUCUGAAUAAUAGAUUGUUUCACAACUAGGAAUAGUGUUUACCACUUAGUAUUUUAAAAAAUUAUUGUUGGAUUAUUUAUUGCCAGUUUUGUUGACUUGUUAUCAAAUAUGAAAUUAUAAAGCCGUCACUGGGUUUGAACCACAUCCGUUUGGAGAAGAACUUCUGAAAUAGAAGUGAUUUGCAGUGUAUUUGAAGAGGUACUUGACUCCAAGCUGACUUUAUACAACUGGUGUAUUUGUGACCUUUUAAAAUAAUUGUUUUAUUGUAUGAUUG